GCAGACGCGGUGCCGUGCCCGGUUCAGAGACAUCCGGCCGGCGCAGCUGGAACGGCAGAAUCUGUAGGAGUCACUUCCCCUGAGACCAACAAAUGGCGUCGUCUGGGAUGGCUUCUGGCCGCGGGUGGAAUCGCCACUCUUCCGACAUUCGUCAGCACUUCCGAAUCAAUCGCCCUUUCGGAAGCCUCAUCAGAGGAAAGUAGUGCGGGGAAGUCUGAUGCCGGAGGACCAGAUGGGUCGUUCAAACCUCAGAUCGUCUUCGUCCUUGGUGGUCCUGGGAGUGGCAAGGGAACUCAAUGCGCGAAGAUUGUCGAGGAAUACGGAUUCACCCAUCUGAGCGCUGGCGAUCUUUUACGUGCUGAGAUCAAGUCUGGAUCUUCUCACGGAAACAUGAUUCAGAACAUGAUUAAGGAUGGAAAGAUUGUUCCGGCCGAGGUCACUGUUGGUCUGCUUCAGAAAGCAAUGAAGGAGAGUGGGAAUAAUAAGUUCCUCAUUGAUGGGUUUCCUCGGAACAACGAUAACAGGACAGUCUUUGAAAACCAGACUGGCAUCGAUCCUGAGUUCAUUCUCUUCUUUGAUUGCCCUGAGGACGUGAUGGUCAAGCGUCUUCUUGGAAGAAACCAGGGCCGUAUUGACGAUAACAUGGAUACCAUCAAAAAGAGAUUCCGGGUUUUCUUGGACCAGAGUGUUCCAGUUGUGAAUCAUUAUGACUUGCGCGGCAAAGUGCGAAAGGUUGAUGCCACCCGUUCCCCCGACGAAGUGUUCCAAGCAGUUUCUCCUCUUUUCACCAAGUUCCGUGAGGGUGAUUUGCUUGACAGCACGAAGGCCUUGCUGAAUGCCAUUGACACUGGAGAUUACAAGACGUACUCCAACCUCUCAGACGAACACCUUUCUGCCUUUGAGCCUGAAGCACAAG